CCGACUCUCUAAAAGAAAGCUGACUAUCUCAGGAGAGAUGGAGGAAAUCUAUGUCAAUGUUCAACAUGGCAAGUCAGUCAACAGAAGCUCUUCAACAAUUCAAACAGGUCCAAAGAGCUCUGAUGGGAAGUUUCACAAAGCUGUUAUUCUUACUUUGGGGCUGCUGAGUGUUUCCCUGUUGGUUGGGCUCAUUGGCCUUGGUCUUCACUAUCACAGUGAAGCUGCACAUUUCUCUUUUCUCAAAAACAACCUGACUGAGCAUCUCCAGGCCUCUAUUAAUGCGAUGUCGUUCAUGACCAGAGAGAGAGACCUGCUGAAUUCAAGCAUCACUGAGUUAAAGAAAGAACUAAUUUUAACCAGACAGAGAGAGAAAACUUGUCCAGCAGGAUGGAGGAUAUUUAGUAGUUCUUGUUAUUUCCUCUCCAAUGACUCUGGUUCAUGGACAAGAGCCAGACAGGACUGCAAAGACAAAGGAGCAGAUCUAGUUGUCAUUGACUGCAACAAGGAGCAGACUUUUCUCUCCAAGUUAACAAAGUCAGAAACAUGGAGCUGGAUUGGUUUGAUGGAUGGGAGCAAUGAGGGAACCUGGAAAUGGGUUGAUGGAUCUUCUCUCACUCUAAGGUACUGGGAGGCUGAGCAGCCUGAUAACGGUGGUGGUGAUCCAAAGUGGGGUGAAGAAGACUGUGCACAUAUUAGAACUGGCAAGGAUACAGAAGAAAACUGGAACGACCGCUCAUGUGAUGCUACUCUGAGGUGGAUCUGUGAGAAACUGGCUUAGCACUGAGCUAUAUGUUUACAUGCUUUUGAAAGGCAUAGUGCCAGUUCCAUCUCAUCAAGAAUAUUUAUUAAAAAGGUUUAUUUGAAAUGUUCAGAGUACCUGAAACCAGUUAUGCCAUGGUUACUAGACACUGUCUGUAUUUAUGUAGAUUUAAAUGGAAGAAGAGCUGUACAGUAACUCCAGAGGUAGAGGUAGAGAGUCACUGUAAUUUCAAGAAAUAAAAUCUUUACUCCUAGUAGAAAAGCCAUAGUUCAUGAAAAGCUAUGACUAUUUAAGAGUUAGUUAAAAAGGAAAGAAAAAAAAGGUUAAAUUCCAAACAUAAAAACAGAUAGACUGUAUAUAAAAGAUAGUUGCACAAUGCAGGUUAAAAAGGAAGCCAGGGUGGAAAUGUCAUAUACCUGUCUUUUUUUCUACUGACCAGCAGAGGGCAACCUUGUAGCUGUCUAGAACUCGACUUCUCGCUUGAUUUAAAACCUCAGUAUAUAUUUUUCUAAUGACUUUAUGGUCUCAUUCAGUAGUAUUAUGACUUUAUCAUGUUUAGUUUGGAAAGUGCCAUUUAAAAAAUACCAUGCCAUAUAAAUAAAAACGUGCUUGUGGAUGAAACUCUAUCAAAUGAUAUACAAGUUAAUAUUCUAUCAAUACCAUACUAAACCUGUACCCGUGAAGCACACAUAAACACAUACUGUGUUGUUAUCCACAAAUCUCUGAGGAAAGUUUCCAGCACAUUUUUAAAUCUAUGCAACAAAGAAGUAAGGCAGUUCUGGAUGGAAAAAAUUCUAAUUCUAGUUUUGAUGCCUUCAGUGAGAAUCUACAAUGUAAAAUAAAGCCAAAAAAACAUUAAAUGAGUGGGUGUGUCCAAAAUUUUGAUUGGUAGUGUAUGAUGACUGCAGAAUCUUCCUCAUCUGAGGUGCAGGAGCAUUGCAGCAGCCAAUCCCUAGGGAUCCCCUAAGGCUCAAUAAAGUAUUCUGAUUCUGA